AUUGCGCUAAACGCUGUUUUGAUUAGACGUGAAAUUUCAUGAGGACUUGAUAUCAAACGUUUACGCUGUUACGAACGUGUAUGACUCAAAAUAUACAAUUCUGAAAGUGACUAUCAAAUGCUGACAAGUGUGCAUUAUCUUACAGUACAGAUAAAUGGAUAAGACUUUCUUCCUACAUUAUUUGCACACAGUUCUUCUUCAUCAACUGAACUAGCAAUAACCUCUUUGCCACGUCAAACGAUCUUACAGCUAUUAUUAUGGCAGCUCAGGUACAUGAAUUCAACGUCGAAAUGACAUGCGAAGGAUGUUCUACAGCUGUAGAGAAGGUGCUCAAGAAAAAAACAGGUAUCGAUGAUAUCAAAAUAGAUUUACCAGGAAAUAAAGUCUCAGUGACUACUGCACUCGGUUCAGAUGAAAUUUUGGAGGCAAUUAAAAAGACAGGGAAGAAGUGCCAAUUUUUGGGAACACAAAAUUGAAAGUUUAUAUGAUGUGAUUAUAUCAGAUGCUGCUACUACAUAUUAUCAUAUACAGAGAUAUUUUUUGUUGUAUUCUUUUCUAUAAAACAUUUAAUUUUAUUUACUUCAAUUAUUCAUUGCUUUGUAUAUAAAAGUACAAAAAUAUUAUAUACUUAAAAUAUCUUACAUAAUAAAAUGUUUUUACAUAUGUGGUCACAUAUAAGCAUUUAACUGUAAAUUUUGUAACAUAUUGUUGUAUUUUAUAUUAUUAUAAGAUAAUAUAAAACAUCAAGAUGUUUGUCAUCAGUAAGCUUCGCUAAUCUUCAUAAUAAUAUAUGUAUUACAUAAAAAUAGUUAAUUUAAAUUCUACUUGGAAAAUAUCACUUAUGAAGGUUACAUGCAUACAUACACACACACACGCUCAACACAUGUAUAAAAUAUCCCGAUAUAAUCAAUAAUUAUGAUUCAAGAGUA